AGCGCAAAUAAAGCUAAAUAGUUAUUCGCGCAAGCGACAUCGUUGAAGAGUGGUGUGCUGCCAUUUUAUUGUCAUCUAUUAGAUUGUAUUUACUGUCACUUGUAAACAAUGUAUGAAGGAGAAGAUGAAACCUUUGAAGAGGAUGAGGAGGAAAUCACUGCUGAUCUGUGGCAAGAAGCCUGUUGGAUUGUCAUCAGUGCAUAUUUUGAUGAAAAAGGUCUUGUACGUCAACAACUUGACUCUUUUGAUGAGUUCAUUCAAAUGUCCGUGCAACGAAUUGUGGAGGAUACUCCACCAAUCGAUUUGCAGGCUGAAGCUCAGCACACCACAGGAGAGGUGGAGAAUCCUCCCCGUUAUUUGGUAAAAUUUGAGCAAAUUUAUCUUUCCAAACCUACACAUUGGGAAAAAGAUGGUGCUCCAAGUCCUAUGAUGCCUAAUGAGGCAAGAUUAAGAAAUUUAACGUACUCAGCUCCUCUUUAUGUAGAUAUUACAAAAACAGUUAUUAAAGAAGGAGAAGAACCAGUUGAAACUCAACUACAGAAGAGCUUCAUUGGAAAAAUUCCUAUUAUGUUGAGAUCGACGUAUUGUCUCCUCAAUGAAUUAACUGAUCGUGAUCUGACUGAGUUGAAUGAGUGUCCUCUUGAUCCAGGAGGUUACUUUAUUAUCAAUGGAUCAGAAAAAGUCUUGAUAGCCCAAGAAAAGAUGGCUACAAAUUCAGUAUAUGUAUUUCAAAUGAAAGACUCUAAAUAUGCCUACAAAUCAGAAUGUAGGUCUUGCUUGGAACAUUCUUCUCGGCCAACUAGUACUCUGUGGGUGAACAUGCUUGCUAGAGGUGGUCAGGGAGUGAGGAAAAGUGCCAUUGGACAAAGGAUCAUUGCCAUUCUACCUUACAUUAAGCAAGAAAUACCCAUUAUGAUAGUCUUUCGAGCCUUGGGUUUUGUGGCUGACAGAGAUAUCCUUGAGCAUAUUAUUUAUGAUUUUGAUGAUCAAGAAAUGAUGGAAAUGGUGAAACCCUCACUUGAUGAAGCUUUUGUUAUUCAAGAACAAAAUGUGGCUUUGAAUUUCAUUGGUUCCCGUGGAGCUAGACCUGGUGUUACGAAGGAAAAGCGUAUCAAAUAUGCUAGAGAAAUCUUGCAGAAGGAAAUGUUGCCUCAUGUUGGUGUUAGUGAUUUCUGUGAAACAAAGAAGGCUUAUUAUCUAGGGUAUAUGGUACAUCGUUUACUUUUGGCUGCUCUUGGACGUCGAGAAUUGGAUGACAGAGAUCACUAUGGAAAUAAGAGAUUGGAUCUUGCUGGACCUCUACUUGCUUUCUUGUUCCGUGGUCUGUUCCGUACAUUAACAAAAGAAGUUCGAAUGUAUGCCCAAAAAUUUAUUGAUCGUGGAAAAGAUUUCAAUCUAGAAUUAGCUAUCAAAACUAGGAUUAUAACUGAUGGAUUGAGAUAUUCCUUGGCUACUGGAAAUUGGGGUGACCAAAAAAAGGCUCAUCAAGCCAGAGCUGGAGUAUCUCAGGUAUUGAAUCGACUUACUUUCGCGUCAACACUUUCACAUCUGCGGCGUGUGAACUCACCGAUUGGUAGAGAUGGAAAACUAGCAAAGCCACGUCAAUUACAUAACACACUUUGGGGAAUGAUUUGUCCUGCUGAAACUCCAGAGGGUCAUGCUGUAGGUUUAGUAAAGAACUUAGCUCUUAUGGCUUACAUUUCUGUGGGUUCUCAGCCUUCUCCAAUUUUGGAAUUUUUAGAGGAAUGGAGUAUGGAAAAUCUUGAGGAAAUUGCUCCUUCAGCUAUAGCUGAAGCUACCAAAAUUUUUGUUAAUGGCUGCUGGGUGGGUAUCCAUCGAGAUCCUGAUCAGCUGAUGAAUACUUUGAGGAAAUUGAGACGUCAGAUGGAUAUUAUUGUAUCUGAAGUAUCCAUGGUUAGAGAUAUUCGUGACAGAGAAAUUCGUAUCUAUACUGAUGCUGGCAGAAUCUGUCGUCCUUUGCUGAUUGUUGAAAAUCAGAAACUUUUACUAAAGAAAAGACAUGUUGAUCGUUUAAAAGAAAGAGAAUACAACAGUUACAGUUGGCAAGAUUUAGUAGCCAAUGGUGUUGUGGAAUAUAUUGAUACAUUAGAAGAAGAGACUGUUAUGUUGGCCAUGACACCUGAUGAUCUGUUAGAAGAUAAAGGUCAAGCAUAUUGUUCUACCUACACACAUUGUGAAAUUCAUCCUUCGAUGAUGCUGGGAGUUUGUGCUUCAAUUAUUCCAUUUCCUGAUCACAAUCAAUCUCCCCGUAAUACCUACCAAUCUGCUAUGGGUAAACAAGCUAUGGGUGUGUAUAUUACUAACUUUCAUGUACGAAUGGACACUCUUGCUCAUGUGUUAUACUAUCCACAAAAGCCUCUUGUUACUACAAGGUCCAUGGAGUACUUGCGUUUCAGAGAGUUACCUGCUGGAAUCAAUUCAAUUGUAGCAAUUAUGUCGUAUACUGGUUAUAAUCAAGAAGAUUCCAUUAUCUUGAAUGCAUCUGCCAUUGACAGAGGAUUUUUCAGAUCAGUGUUUUAUCGAGCAUAUAAAGAUGCAGAACAAAAACAAAUAGGGGACCAGGAAGAGCAAUUUGAAAAACCCACAAGAGAAACAUGUCAAGGUAUGCGUAAUGCCAUUUAUGAUAAAUUGGACGAUGAUGGCAUUAUUGCACCUGGUACUAGAGUAUCUGGAGAAGAUGUCAUUAUUGGCAAAACUAUUACCCUUCCAGAAAAUGAUGAUGAUCUUGAAAGCACAACAAGACGUUACACAAAGCGAGAUGCCAGCACGUUCUUAAGAAACAGUGAAACUGGUAUUGUUGAUCAAGUGAUGUUGACUUUGAACUCUGAUGGAUAUAAAUUUUGCAAAAUCAGAGUUCGUUCUGUGCGCAUACCUCAGAUUGGCGACAAAUUUGCUUCCAGACACGGUCAGAAAGGAACAUGUGGUAUAACUUACCGACAAGAGGACAUGCCUUUCACUGCUGAAGGUUUGACCCCUGAUAUCAUUAUUAAUCCCCAUGCCAUUCCCUCUCGUAUGACCAUUGGGCAUUUAAUUGAAUGCCUUCAAGGAAAAGUAUCUGCUAACAAAGGAGAAAUUGGUGAUGCUACCCCCUUUAAUGAUACUGUGAAUGUACAGAAAAUUUCCAAUCUUUUACAUGAAUAUGGUUAUCAGCUUAGAGGAAAUGAAGUCAUGUUUAAUGGACAUACUGGCCGAAAGGUGAAUGCCCAAAUUUUCUUGGGACCAACUUAUUACCAACGUUUAAAACACAUGGUGGAUGACAAAAUUCAUUCAAGAGCCAGAGGUCCUGUACAAAUUUUGGUGAGGCAACCUAUGGAAGGAAGAGCUAGAGAUGGAGGUUUACGUUUUGGUGAGAUGGAACGGGAUUGUCAAAUUGCCCAUGGAGCUGCCCAGUUCCUUCGAGAACGUCUGUUUGAAGUAUCAGAUCCCUAUCGAGUCCACAUAUGUAAUCUUUGCGGCCUCAUAGCCAUUGCUAAUUUGAAGAAUAACACUUUUGAAUGCCGAGGUUGCAGAAAUAAAACACAGAUCUCGCAAGUGUGUGUCCCAUAUGCCUGCAAGCUACUUUUCCAAGAACUUAUGUCUAUGUCAAUUGCUCCAAGAAUGAUGGUGAUUUAAUUUCUCAAGAAGAAUCCAAAUUCAUUAUAGACUUUAUUAUUAUUUUUACAUCUUGUUCAUCAGCUGAAUCUUUCAUCUUGUGUAAAUCAUUCUUAUCAAUAAAGGUGUUUUAAUCAUU